AUGAGAAGGCAGCUGCCAGCCAACACGCGACGGAAAUGCGCAUGGCCGGCAAACAGUGGCACCCAGUCCAUCUCUCUGCUGGAGACCGGCCGCUUUCAUGUGCAUGGUUCGACGGCGAGCCACAUCAUCCACGCAAGCCUGGAAAGUGUCGUUCCGGUAAUCCGGCUCACGGCGGCAUGGCAUGCUGUGUUCCAGCUGCCUCGCUUCUCAUUCGACAACAACACCCUUCGACUGUCUCGCGGCCGACCACUUCUUUGGAUCAGCAUUACAGUCAAGACAAGCAGUAGCACCACCCAUCUGGGCGCUUACGUCAUAGCUCUCACCAACGGCAGGAAGCGGCUGCGCUCAGACUCAACGGCAUCCUCCCCGGCAAGACCUGCACGCAAGCGCCGCACACCCAGCCUCACCGACAGCAUUAAGCUCAUCGAAUGCGCCGUCUGCAUGAACUCGAAGCCACCGGGCCAAUUCAAGAAAUUCCCCUCUUGCCCGAUCAACCCCUGCAAAAGGACCUGCAAUUUCUGCUGCACCCGUCAUGUCAAGAUCUCACUUAUCGAGAAUCCUCUGACGGAGAUUGCGUGCUUCUCAUGUGCGGAGUUGAUUCCCCGGCAGAUUCUUGUGGAUCAGUUUCUCAGGAGCAAGGAGGACAAAGAACAUUAUCAGUUCCGGCUCAAGCAGGCUGGACUGCGGGAAAGGAAUGAGCGGGAGUGCAUCUUCGGAGAGUGUAUCCAUUUCCAGAUUCAUGAUCCGGCGGCCGAUGGACGGUUGAUCGCCUGUGAGAAGUGUUGCCGCCAAUCUUGUCAUCCUUGCAUGGCUCCCGAGCACUCGGGUAAGACUUGCGAAGCAUACCAGUCCCGCCUGCAGACAGCCCAUGCUGCAGGAGAAGCCGCCACAAAGGACGCAUUCGCCCAAGGAUACACCGCUAUAGAGCAGAUCGCGGCCAAAGGCAAUAAGGCGCACGAUCCCAGCUGCAAGAACUCCAUUCGAUCAAAGGAGGACACGAGAUUUGUGCAGAGGAAAGACGGCCGGCCAAGGGUCCGAGAGAAAAUCCAUCCAUCGCAUCCAGUAGAGGAGCUUAAGAUCACAAGCGAUGAUGCCGAGAACACAAGCGUUGUAGAUGGUGCUUAA